ACGCCAGACACCGGGACAGCGCUGGGGUAGAGGGGACGAUGGAGAAUUUCACGGCGCUGUUCGGGGCUCAGGCUGACCCACCGCCUCCCCCAACUGCACUCGGCUUCGGAGCUGGAAAACCUCCACCGCCACCGCCUCCUCCUCCGGGUGGAGGGCCCGGCCCCGCCCCGCCCCCAACCGCGGCCUCGGCCCCUUCCGGCGCUGACAAGUCAGCGGCAGGUUGUGGCCCCUUCUACCUAAUGCGGGAACUGCCAGGCAGCACAGAGCUGACAGGCAGCACUAAUCUGAUCACACACUACAACCUGGAACAUGCCUAUAAUAAAUUCUGUGGGAAGAAAGUGAAGGAGAAGCUAAGUAACUUCCUGCCUGACCUCCCGGGGAUGAUUGAUCUGCCUGGUUCCCAUGACAACAGCAGCCUCCGCUCCCUCAUUGAGAAGCCCCCUAUUCUUGGUGGCUCUUUUAAUCCUAUCACAGGGACCAUGCUGGCUGGCUUCCGCCUCCACACAGGCCCGUUGCCAGAGCAGUGUCGUCUGAUGCAUAUUCAGCCUCCCAAGAAGAAGAAUAAGCAGAAGCACAAACAGAGCCGUGCCCAGGAUCCGGUCCCCCCAGAAACACCAUCUGAUUCAGAUCACAAGAAGAAGAAAAAGAAAAAAGAAGAGGAUCCUGAACGGAAACGGAAGAAGAAAGAGAAGAAGAAAAAGAAGAACCGACACAGCCCUGACCACCCAGGCGUGGGCAGCUCUCAGGCCAGCAGCAGCAGCAGCCUCCGCUAGCAGGACCAGGGGACUCUGCCAGGAGGACCUUCCUGAUGUACUGAACCCGCUGACAAAAGCUGCCUUCCAGGCUCUUGGUCACUACCUUGGGAGCGUCCCCUGCAGUUGGGACAGAAGCCAGCUCCUGCUGUGCUCAGUUAAGAUGAACACAUUGUAAGAGAGAAGGGCUAUGCUUUUAUAAGCCUCAGCCCAGUUUGCUUUCUCAUGGACAUCUCUUCUUCUCCCAGGAAGCUUUCUUUUCAUCUCUUUUGUGCCAUUCGUCUGAUUUAGGACUUUAUCUGAUUUUUUAGGAUUUUUAUUUUCUUAAAAUUGCAUUUAUCAAACUGGCUGAAGUGUGGCUGCCUGUUAAGAGGUAAGUGCCUUUCUACGAGAGUCAGGGUUUAAGCCAAGGCAUGCUAAGAUCUGAGGGGAUUUGGGUCUUGUAUUACAUUAUCUCAUCAGCAGGCAGGGAAACAACCAAAAUGAGAUUGGGGAACCUGGUGCAAAGGCGAGGCAGAGCUUGCUAAUACCUUUCCACCGCAGACAGACGGCACUCUGCCUGUCAUGUUGAGAACGAGUAACCUGGAUGAUCUUCGGGCUCUGUCUCAAGGAGUGGAUUCACUUAGGUCUCAGCUGUGUUCGGGGCCAAUUUUGUGUUGAAACAGAGUAGCCAAUGGAAAAAGCACCCAGUCACCAACAUAUUUCAGCAAGGUUGCUUCUUGGUCAAGCCCAUCAUUUUUUGAAAUAAACCUCUGGCAAGCAAAGGUAAAUGCUUCUCAUUAUAAUAAGAACUUUUGACCUGCCU